CUUUUGUUUCUGAGUUGGAGCAAACCACAAGCAAACAGAGCUUCUUCUUCCUCCUCCUCUUCUUGCUUCUCCUCUCCGUCCUUCCAUUCUUUCAUCCAUCCAUCCAUCCAUGGAGCAGCAAUUCAUCCAUUUCGGCGCCACCACCUCCUCCACCAGCAGCUUCUACAGCACGCCCACGCCCACGCCUCCUCCUCCCGAACAAGCUCAAGCUGCUGCAACCUUGGCCUCCUCCACCCGCGACUACCACACCAGCUCCUCACCCAUGUCGUCGGCCUUCGACAUGGGCGACACCGACGACAUGCACCUCCUCAACACCCUCCUCCUCCACAUGUCUGGCUCUGGCACCGCUGCUUCUUCCAACCAUUACGCCUUCGACCUCCACCUCGACCUCGACCUCCACAUGGACGUGGACGUGGAGCCUUCCUCCUCUUCAACAAGCUCCUCCUCCUCUUCCUACUCCUCCUCCGACCACCACCAGCAGCAGCAGCAGCAGGGGAUGCCAGCCACCACAACUGCUAAGCGCCGUGCACCGCAGCAGCUGCACCCCGCGGCCUCCAAGGGCCUCAUCGGCGUGCGCAAGCGGCCCUGGGGCAAGUUCGCCGCGGAGAUCAGGGACUCCACCCGCAAGGGCGCCCGCGUCUGGCUCGGCACCUUCAACACGCCCGAGGCCGCCGCCAUGGCCUACGACCAGGCCGCCUUCUCCGUGCGCGGGGCCGCCGCGGUGCUCAACUACCCCGUCGACCGCGUCCAGGAGUCGCUCCGCACGCUCGCGCUCCGUCCCGACGUGCCGGGAGGCUCCCCCGUCCUGGCCCUCAAGCGCCGCCACUCCAUCCGCAAGCGAUCCCCCAACAAGGCCAAGAAGACUGCUACUCUUCUGGCGCCCACAAAGAUGAUGAUCAACGACUCCGCGGCCGCGCCGGUGCAGCAGCAGUCGGCGGCGGCAUGCGCGGGCGUGGUGGAGCUGGAGGACCUUGGCGCUGACUACCUGGAGGAGCUGCUCCGGGUGUCCGACGAGCCGUCGGCUUCAUCGACCACCAUGGUGAUGGGGGCCUUUGAUCAUCAUCACCAUCACCAUGUCGACGACCAAUCGGCGCUCGCCAACACGGCGCCCAUGCUGCUCCCUCAUUGCUAGCUACAAAGCUCGCUUGCUACAAUGAUCCAUAUGGCUGGCUGGCUCAACCGCCGGCGCCUCCUCCUCCUCUGCCCUACAAUGAUCCUGCUCUGCUUGCAUGCCCCGGCAAUCAGGCCGCAGCGGCCAACGGCUUUUGUAUGUACGUACGUAUGUAUAUGUAGUAGUAUGCCUCUCUGUUUCGUACGUACUACGUCAAAAAAAAAGAGAGCUAGUUAUAGAAGAAUAAUAUACAUACAUACAUAUGCCAACGGCCAUCCAUACAAUUAUUAU